AUGUCGUCCUCGAUCCAGCUACAGAUUCCAAAGUUAUCCAAGGAUAACUAUGAAAACUGGUGCAUCCAGAUGAAAGCACUAUUCGGGUCGCAAGAUAUAUGGGAGAUUGUUACCGAUGGGUAUGUAGAACCCACAAUGGAAGAAGAAGCUCUCUACACCGCUAAUCAAAGGGCGGUCCUCAAAAAUCAAAAAAAGAAGGACAAGAAGGCGUUGUUUCUUGUCUAUCAAGGGUUGGACGAGUCUACCUUUGAACGGGUUACUGAAGCAACAACAUGCAAGCAACCAUGGGAGAUUCUUAGCACAAUCUUUAAAGGAGUUGAUCGUGUGAAGAAGGUUCGUCUCCAAACUUUUAGAGCCGAAUUCGAGACCUCACACAUGAAGGAAGACUGUUGGAGCAAACCAGUAGAUCAAGAUGAGCAUUCUAAUUAUGCAGAAGCAUCAAAUCAUGAAAAAGAAGACUCCACACUUCUUCUUGUACAAGAAGAAGCAUAUGAUCAACAUGACGUGUGGUAUCUCGACUCUAGUGCGAGUAACCACAUGUGUGGAAAGAAGGAGCUGUUCGUGGAACUGGCAGAAGAUGCUCUUGGCAAUGUGAGUCUAGGAGACUCAUUAAAAGUUCCUGUGAAAGGGGAGGAACACAAAGUGUAUCGACUGAAGAAAGCCCUUUAUGAGUUGAAGCAGGCUCCUCGUGCCUGGAAUGCACGCAUCGACAGCUAUCUUCAAGAGAACGGCUUCGCCCAAUGUCCAUAUGAGCAUACAGUCUACAUCAAGAAAAAUGCACAUGGCGACAUCCUCAUAGCAUGCCUAUAUGUUGAUGAUCUGCUAUUCACAGGAAACCGUCAGGCGAUGUUUGAAGAAUUCAAGCAUGCUAUGUUUAAUGAAUUCGAGAUGACUGAUGGUAGAUUGAUGUCCUUCUUCUUGGGCAUCGAAGUAAAACAACAAGUCGACGGUAUUUAUAUAUCACAGAAAAAGUAUGCCAAGGAGUUGCUUAAAAAGUUCAAGAUGGCAGACUGUAAUGCCGUGAACACGCCUGUAGCAACGGGCCUGAAGCUGACAAAAGAAGGAGAAGGAAGAAGUGUGGACUCGACUCUAUUCAAGAGUUUGAUUGGAAGCUUAAGGUAUCUCACAAUCACAAGGCCAGAUAUCGUUUACAGUAUUGGACUUCUAAGCAGCAAUGACAAGGUAAAAACCGCACCCGGCUUCAAUGCAUUUUCACUGGGACUAGUCUUCAACCAGCUGGGGCCUGAACCACACAAAACAAAGAUCAGCUCCGUAAAGCCGUGCUAA